CAUUUUCUAAAAAACCCAUCUUCUCAUUCUUCUUCUUCUGUUUUUUUUCAUCAUCACUAGAUCUCUUGAAUUUUAUUACACUUUUCUCUUCUCUCUCCUCUUAUAUUCCACCUUGGAAAUUUUCUGGAAUUUGAGAUAUAUUGUUUGAAUAGUUGUUUGCUUCAUGGAAGAGCCGAUUGUGUUGAACAAAGGUGAUGAGCCUCUGGAUUUGCCUCCAGGGUUCAGGUUCCACCCAACAGAUGAGGAGAUAAUAGUUUAUUAUCUGACUGAGAAGGUGAAGAAUAGUAGUUUCAGUGCAACUGCUAUUGGAGAAGCUGAUUUGAACAAGUGUGAGCCUUGGGAUUUACCAAAGAAAGCUAAGAUGGGGGAGAAAGAGUGGUACUUCUUCUGCCAGAAGGAUAGGAAGUACCCAACGGGGAUGAGGACGAACCGAGCAACUGAAUCCGGGUACUGGAAGGCAACCGGGAAAGAUAAGGAGAUUUUCAAAGGAAAAGGGAACCUUGUUGGGAUGAAGAAGACCCUCGUGUUCUAUAGAGGUAGAGCUCCGAAGGGAGAGAAGACCAAUUGGGUCAUGCAUGAAUUCAGAUUGGAAGGCAAAUUUGCAAGUUACAGCCUCCCUAAGAUAGCAAAGGAUGAAUGGGUUGUGAGCAGGGUUUUCCACAAGAGCACAGAUGUGAAAAAGUCCCCAAUCCCUGGCCUAUUGAGGAUGAACUCAAUUGGGGAUCAGCAUGAUCUUCUUGAUUAUUCUUCACUCCCACCUCUCAUGGAUCCUUCUUAUAACAAGCCUUCAAGCUUUAAUGAAGAUGACUUCAAAGGAACCAACCCAAUCUCAUCAUCAAGUACUAAAUCACCAUCGGACGGCUAUUAUCUCCCCAGCUUCUCCAUCAACAAUCACCACCACAUGAUCAAGCCAGAAGACCAAAGGAACUAUGAGAUGAACACUAUUCCCACCAUUAACUACACCUCCAAUCUCAGCAACCCAAUGGGGAACAACAACAACACAUUCUCACACUCCCAAUUUCAGAAGAACUUGUUGUUACCUGACUAUUAUGUGCACCAAAACAGGAUCAGUGGUUUUGGAAACAACAACAACAACCAUGACGAUCAAGCUUUCCUAAGAGCAUUUGCAUCCAACAAUCACAAUGAUUACAUUUCUGUAUUGGAAAAACAGUGCAAGGUGGAGCAAUUCUCUUCAAACCACUCUCAAGACACUGGCCUCAGCAACGACAGAAACACCACAGAAACAUCCUCAGUUGUUUCAGGGAGAAAUAGGGCAUCAUUGUAUGAGGAUCUUGAUCAAGGUCCCGCAUCAGUCGCGCGAGCUUUCUCAGAUUUGGAAUGCUUGUGGGACUACUAGUACUACUGAGGAAUUGAAUUGAAGUCUGAAGAAGAAGAAGCAAAUUUGCCAGAUCCAUGGUUUUUUAAUUUGGGAUCAUAAGCAGCAUCAUCAAACAUAUAGUAAUUCGUGUUUAAUUUUUUGCUGGUUUUAUUCAAACUGAACAGUCUUCUAUAUAUACUGAUUUAUAUUAUAAACAUAAUACAUUAUUAUAGGCAUCACACCGGGAAGUUCAUGGAUAAGAAUAUAUACUGUAUAGAUUUAUAAUAUCCAUGACUUUCUGGUGUUAGUUAUUUUUUAUUCAUAGGUUAUAUCGAAGAGGAGGACUUGAUGAAUCAUAUGUACAUCUAUAUUCUUUUGUUAUAUUAGUGGGUUUGUUUUUUA